UUGUGUGUGCUCAUCGGCAGCUCCCUGCCGACUCUCUGACCAAAAUUUUGUGCAUAAGUUGUCCUUAAAAUCGGCAAAAAGCUAAAAUGUUCGUUGCCUUGCGCAGUCCUCCGAUCUGAGGAUGUUGGAGUGAAAAUAUCAUAAGGAGCAUCAAAGAAAUGCGGUGGUCCGCCCUGUCAAUCCCUCUCUCAAUUCUUCUUCUCUCCAUUCUCUUCAAAUUCUUCCCUCGCAAUUCGUUCCGCUCUUCUCCACCUACACAGAGAUUGUUCACUCCGGAGCAGCUAGCUCUUUACAAUGGUUCCGACCCAAACUUGCCCAUUCUUCUUGGCAUCAUCGGGUCUGUAUUUGACGUAACAAAAGGAAAGAGUCAUUAUGGUGCGGGUGGUGCUUACAAUCAUUUCGCAGGAAGAGAUGCUUCACGUGCAUUUGUUUCAGGAAACUUUACAGGAGAUGGACUUACGGACUCGUUGCUUAAUUUAUCUAGCACAGAGGUUAAAAGCAUUGUUGAAUGGAGAGGUUUCUACUUCAAAACAUACAUUUUUGUUGGGAAUCUAGUUGGCCGUUACUAUGACAGCAAAGGGAACCCCACAAAAUAUUUAAGAGGAGCAGAAGCGAAGGCUGCUAGAGGCGCUCAACUGCUUGAGAAGCAAAAGAAUGAAGAAGAGAAGAUUCCUGGUUGUAAUUCCAGAUGGAGUCAAGAUGAGGGAUCUGAGGUUUGGUGUGAUGAGGGUUAUCCAAGACUGGUUCAACGACCUAUAGAGAUAGCCAUCACAGGGAAGAUGAGUAAGCGGUGCGCGUGCUUCAAGAACGAUGAACUUGACCAACACGGCUUAGAAAUCUAUGAAGGAUGCGAUUAUUCCUCUCAAAAGUGCCGAUUAUAAUGCUUGUCAAGCUUCUGCCAAUCUUUUAGGGUGUAUUUGGCAGGGAGAUUAGUGGGGGAAGAUAGCGGAGAUUUGUUUUUGUUUCAACUAAUAUCAGAAAAUUACAGACCAUAUUAGGAAGACAGACAGGCUUCCUAAUUUUAGUGUACAUUUUAAGAUGCGUCUAGUUUUUAAGAUGUAGAUUCAUACUCUUGUAUUUUGUUGAGCUUAGUUAAAAUUUAUCCCUCUCACACUAGAUUCGUAGCACUUACUUUUGGCAUGAAAAAUCAAUUCCCUUUUUAUCCUUUGC